AUGGUCUCAGAAUCUACCGUUAGCAGUCACGUUUCUCUGAUUUCCCUCGAUCCCGUACUUGCCAGUCAUAUCACGGGUGCCACGACCAUUCCUGCGACCUCCCAACAAAGCUCUAGUCCGAGAAAGAGCACCAAGACUCCAGAUUCCGUUCUGUCCCGCAGACAUUUUAGGAACAAAUCUGCCCCCAAUGGCACACAGAAGAAAAGAUCAAACUCGCUCAGGCGCGCAAAGAAUAGCACCGAAGUAUUGAGGCAGCGUUCUACCAAAUCCGGCAGGAAAACAAGACCUCUUGAACCUAUCGCAGACACCAGAGAAGGUCGCAACUUCACGAUCGGUAAUGUUGGUACCGGAGGCAUCCUUUACCUGAGACCCUCAGCCCACCAACGACAUGUACCGCCUCAGACCCAUGUGGUCUCACCAAUCGUGUCGGCCGUACCGUUCACCGCCCCUGCGUUCCUGCAAACUGGAGACCAGAUUGUCGUCAAGACCAGACGACCGAGCGAUCCUUCGGAUGUGUUAUCUCAGCCGCGCUCCGCCUCUCCGACGAACGGAUCGACGAGGCAUUCGGUUAGGGCACUUGCAAGGGCGUAUCAUGGUCGUUCACAAUCAUUUUCCACGGUGGAAGAGCGUCGCCAGUCCCUGUCCGCAUCGAAGUCCAGGACUUUGAAAAUCGUCAUCAAUCGUCCAGACACCGCCCAGCAAGAUGCAAUGGAGAAGUUCCCUCGGGAAGAAAACAACGAGACGUUACCGACCUUGGAGGUACCAAUCCCACACUAUCGAAUCGGCACCUUUCGCUUUAGUUCCCAUGGAACUCCCAUGCUGCGGAGCUCCUCCUAUACCCGUGGCUCUGCCACCCCUUCGGACGUGACGCCUACUGCGGCUAUGAUGCAAGCCGACUAUUGCUUUGGCGGUCCUGCAGCGUCUGGAAUUAGGGGACUCGCGAAACUAGAGACUGGGUCAAUGGCGCAAGCGGAAGGCGUCUCGCAAAUAAACUCUCACCGCCAGACUUCGUUCAAACCAACGUCGAGGACAGUCUCCACCUCGACCAGCCAGGCGUCGCCCAAGCUGUUUGACGAUCUGAACGCCGUGUACGAUGACCCAUCUGUUGUUCGAUAUUGUCAGAAUGUGCGAGAGAUCACUGCGGCAACUCCUGCUCGGAUCAUUGCUCAAAUCUCCUCGGACUCGUUCAUGGAUUAUGAACUUGUCUCUGAUUUCUUCCUGACCUUUCGAUCGUAUAUGUCGACAUACAGCGUUCUCGACCUAUUGCUUGCGCGCCUUCGGUGGGCGAUUGGUCGCCUGGAAGAGGAUGGGAGGAUCAUCCGGGUGCGGACCUUUGCGGCUCUCCGACAUUGGAUUCUGAAUUAUUUCAUGGACGAUUUCUUCCCCGAUCGUUGUCUGCGUGAGCGCUUCUGUGACGAAAUUAACCAGCUAUAUGCAGACGUCAAGGCAAGCCCGCAACAUGGGUUUAGUGACCUCAAGCUUUUGCGUGACUUGAAGCGCUGUUGGAACGGCCGCUGCUCACUCUGCUGGAACCCGGAAGACUUUCAACUGGACGGCGAACAAGAAGACGACAUUCAACCAGGAGGUACAAUGGAUUCGGAAGACACGGUGACACCCCGCGUUAGUACUUAUCCUGUCCGUGCACAAUCUGGAGCACUCCAGGCAGAAGUCCUGCGUGGUCCCUCUCACAGCAGGUUCGAGGCUGAUCCAGGUGUUUCGUCGCAUAUCAUCCGCAGGAAGUCCGCCUUGACUGACAGGGAUCCGGAUUCUCUGACGACUGAUGGUAGUGUGCAAGUCAACUCCUGCUUUGCGCCAAAGCAUCUGCUCAAGUCCAGUGGUGACCAUGACGUCUAUCGCAAAGGCCCGCACCUAGUGUCGGUUCAGCAGAGGCGUAAGAACGCCCCUGCGAAUCUUCAGGUGCAGACGCAGCCAACGUCGUUGCCCAAAGGCCCAAGUCACAGGCGAGGGGCGAGCUCAAUUGAUAGCAACAGGGAGCCUACACCCCGAAAGAGUGAUGCUGAUUCACCGGACCUGGUUACCGAAGACGGAAGCAUGAUUCGGGGGCUGCUGUACAGCCCAAGUGCCCCAUUUGUCCAGAUUGUGUCGUCCGCUUCGACGCAGUCGCUCGAUAGGAAUGAGCAAGCAGGUAUGCGAGGGGUUGCUGCAAGGGAGCAUGGUACGCUUCCAGCCCACCAUCAGGUUGGGAGGAAUAUCUUUGGCUCUUUGCGGAAAGUCUUGGGCAACAAGCACGGGAAUGUCAACGUGACACUUUUGAAUGUUUCGCAAUCCUCCCCAGACUCCCCAGUCCGAGGCCACAAAGCGCACCUACCCCUCAACGUCUCAAAAUCUCACGACGAGUUACGCCACAAAGCUGGGACGGCAAUGUCUAGAAAGGGUGAAGUCAGGAUUGAUCUUCUGUGUGCCGCGGUCUGUCAGAACUACGAAAAGAAGUUUCCCACGAAACGUCGAAUUACUUAUGGCCCACUCUUUGCAAGCCACCCUCCUUUCCAGCCAACCGUGGACGGUGUCGACCGGGCCACAGCGCCACGGCAAGUCAGUCACGCAACAGCCGAAAGCGGUUCUAUUCUAAUUGUGGACGACACCGGUGUUGAUUUGGCCACAAUGUCGGGUGCCCUCCCAACGGCGGAUAGUAGUGUAACUGGACAAGUUAGCGGUAUGCUGCCUAGCCUGCCAUUUCCCGAUGGACAUGAUGCAGCUACCGUGGACCUUCGAGGUGGAAGCCUUGACGCGGUCGCAACUCAGAGAAGUUCGAACGCCCUUGGGGAUGAGAUGGACCUCUCAGGAGUUCUCCGAGUGGAAAAUAUAAGGGAGACAGACGCAGCGGAUUUGGCUUCUAUCGGACGGCUUUCUGGAGACAGUUCUAAAUCAGCAGAUAUGGGCAGCAGGCCUGUUUCGCGGACGACUGCCAGUUCCAGAACUGUCCGGGAUCCCGUGGUGAAUAUCUCUGAACCGGUCGAAAGUACGUCGGUAGAUGGCCUAUCAGCUCUCAGACCAGAUGCAGAAUCUGUACAGAACGAGCAGGAGAAGGGCUCAGGCGGGACAGAGCCGAAGCCUCCCUCUAAUCGACUGAGGCGACGACCGGGAGGAGAUUUGCGUCAUGUGGAGAAUGUGCAAGAGCUGGAUCACGCCGUCCACCGCAUUUCCCAUGAUACAGCAAGCGCAGUGUCCGACUCAUCUCAUGAAUCCUUGCUUAUCAUGAAGACAGAGCCCGGCACCCAAGGUGCAUCGCCGAGUGGCCCGCCACCCGACAGAACGGUCUCCAUGAUCAACACCCAUUCCUCACAACAUCUGCGACCUUCUUUCGAGGCUGCCGUCGCAGGUUUCUCGGCGAUUCCCGACGAUGACGAUGGUGGGCUCGAAGCGACGCUGAUGAAGCUGGAAGGGCGAUAUGAGAAGAAGUCCCCACCACUGGAUCAACACCCUCUCGAUACCUCGGGGAAACGGCGGUCGCUGCCGGAUUUGAGUCCGAGCAAUGCACACGAUUAUGCUCUCCCCGACGCGCCAAUGAACCUUCUUGAACCCUUCUCGCGCCCGACCAACGACCAGGUUCGCGCCACAGUCGAUGAAGUGGCGUCUGAGUCGUCGCAGGACGAGGAUGAGAAUCAAAUGACGACCUUCAAGGCAGCAAGUUCAAAGCUUCCCUCAUCGCGGAGGUCAUCCAUCUUUGGGCUUCCUACUGAAUCUGUGGUAGACUCAGAAGAUUCUUAUGGCUCUCUCCCUCUCUUGAAGCGCGAGACCGGUCACGAGAGUGCCGGCCCACCCUUACCUCUGGACGUUGAUGUCCAACCCGCAGCAGUCGCGCCCGGAUACUUUCCGCAAGAUCCUCCGCAGUUGUUUCAUCUCCCUAAAGGGCCACCGCCAAGUGCAACCAGGAACCGUAGCAGUGUGCCCAGACCAUCCACAGCGAACGAAAGUGCUCAAUCUUUUCUGCUCGAUGAGGACGAGAAUCUCUCCGACUUGUCUUCAGAAAUCUCUGUUGACAUCAUCAACCAUGCGGAUGUUACUGACCGUUCGAUUCAGCCUAUGCUAGCUGCACCAGGGACCGCUAUUUCCGGACUCGAACUUCCAACCCACCCGUUGACCUAUGCCUCAGUGGUCAACCUCAAUAUCCCAGAGGAAUCCGCUCGAAGCUCAGACCCGGUCCCGGUCCCUCCGAUCAACGCUGCAGGUGCGAAGCAAGCACCAUCCCUUGAAGCCCCCCAGCUGCCUCCAUCCGAAGAUCUCUCUCGUUCACAGCCACUAGCCCGUCUGCCGGCAGGCCCGGCACACGUUCCCUUUGUUCUUGCAUGCGAUUCCCAGGUCCUUGCGCAACAAAUGACCCUCGUGGAGAAAUCAGCGCUCUGCGAGGUUGAGUGGUCGGAUUUGGUGGAAAUGCGUUGGAGCAGCAAAGCCGCAGAAGUCUUUGAUUGGGUGGAUUGUCUGACAAACAGAGAUAUUAAGGGUAUCGACCUGGUCAUCACCCGCUUCAAUCUCGUCGUCAAAUGGGCCUUGUCUGAAAUCGUCCUGACGCAGGAUAUCCACGAGCGAGCCCGCGUUAUCACCAAACUUGUACAUGUGGCAGCGCAUGCGCGACGACUACAUAAUUAUGCAACCAUGCUCCAGCUUACCAUCGCACUCACCUCGACGGAUUGUACACGACUUACAAAGACGUGGGACCUGGUAGCGGCGCCGGACAAGUCCCUACUCAAACAUAUGGAAGCCCUUGUGCAGCCCGUCCGCAAUUUCCAUGAGCUUCGCUUGGAGAUGGAAUCAGCGGACCUCAGCGACGGCUGUAUACCUUUCAUCGGUCUAUAUGUUCAUGACUUGACCUACAACGCGCAGAAACCGUGUCAUAUCCAGGUUGGAAGUGGCACCGAACCCCUGAUCAACUUCGAGCGCUACCGGACCACAGCUGUGAUUGUGAAGGGGCUUCUGCGACUGAUUGACGCAAGUUCCAGGUAUAAUUUCGACCCCGUAUCAGGGGUCAUUGAGCGGUGCCUUUGGCUAGCCGCUCUACCGGACGGGCAGAUACGCAGCACCAGCCAAGGGUUGGAGAAGUGA